AUGAAUCAUCAGCGCCGUCUGACGGAACGGAUCUGUUCGGCCGACGACGCCGUGGCCCUGAUCCAGGACGAGGACUCGGUUGUCUGUGGCGGGUUUGUGGGAGCCGCCCAUCCGGAAGCGCUGACGGCGGCUGUCGAGCGUCGGUUUCUCGCCGAGCAGGCGCCGCGGGAUCUGACUCUGGUAUACGGAGCAGGGCAGGGGGACGGGAAAUCGCGCGGACUGAAUCAUCUGGCCCAUGAAGGACUCGUCGCCCGCGUGAUCGGCGGCCACUGGAACCUGGUGCCGGGACUCGGACGUCUGGCGAUUGACAACAAAGUCCAGGCCUGGAAUUUCCCUCAGGGUGUGAUCUGCCAGCUGCUGCGAGACAUCGCCGCCGGCCGGCCUGGCUGUACCACUCAUGUGGGACUGGGAACAUUCAUCGACCCGAUCAACAGUGGUGGGAAACUCAACGACGUCACCACGGAAGAUCUGGUGGAACGCAUCGAGCUGAAUGGCAAGACGUGGCUGUUCUAUCGAUCGUUCCCCGUCAAUGUGGGUCUCAUCCGCGCGACGGCCGCUGAUCCAUCCGGCAAUCUGUCGAUGGACGAAGAAGCGGUGAUCGGAGAAGUUUUGCCGAUCGCCCAGGCGGUGCAUAACAACGGAGGUACGGUGAUCGCUCAGGUCAAACGUCUGCUGGACAAACCGCUGCCACCUCAGCAGGUUCGCGUUCCCGGAAUUCUGGUCCAUCGCGUUGUGAUCGCCAACGAAGGUGAGCACGAUCAGACGUUUGCUGAGGAGUUGAAUCCGUCGUACUUUUCGGCCGCCGCUGACGACGAACUCCUGCCGACGUUUGAUGAAACAGCGCCACUCGGCGCCCGCCGACUGAUUGCCGCACGGGCCUGUGAUGAACUAAAACCUGGCGAUAUCGCCAAUUUGGGAAUCGGCAUGCCGGAAGGAAUCGGGAUGGAAGCCGCUCGUCGCGGCAUCUAUCGCGACUUCACGCUGACCAUCGAAAGCGGUCCGAUUGGAGGCGUGCCGGCCGGUGGACUCAGCUUCGGAGCCUCGUCUUACCCGAACGCUGUGAUUGACCAGCCGUCGCUGUUUGAUUUCUACGACGGUGGCGGCCUGGACUUUGCCGCACUUGGCGCAGCGGAAGUCGACCGACACGGCAACGUCAAUGUGUCCCGGUUCGGGCAGUCGAUCGCGGGAGUCGGCGGCUUUGUGAAUAUCUCCCAGAAUGCCGGUCGACUGGUCUUCUGCGGCACGAUGACCGCUGGCGGCCUGGAGAUCUCGGUGGACGAUGGUCAGCUGAAGAUUCUGAAGGAGGGAAGCAGACAGAAGUUCGUCGAGGACGUCCAGCAGAUUUCAUUCAGCGGCGAACUGGCCCGCUCACUGAAUCGCGAUGUGCUGUUCGUGACCGAGCGAGCCGUCUUCCGGCUGAUGAAGGACGGUCUGGAGCUGAUCGAAGUGGCUCCGGGUAUCGACAUCGACAAUCAAAUUCUGCCAGUCAUGGGAUUCCGACCGAUCAUCAGCGAUGUGCACACGAUCCGAUCCGGCAUCUAUGAGACAGAUUCUUAA